UAUUCUGAAAGGUUGGUUUGUAACCGGAAUUCCUGAAUGAAUCGGAGUUUGAAAGCAGUUUUAAUGAGGUUAAGCUGUUAUGUAACAAUGAUUUGUCUUUAAAUUAUCUGUAUUUGACUAUUUGCAUCGUUUCAUUUGCGAGGUGUGCAGCAGCAGUUUACUAUGGCGGCGCGUAACGACUUGGAACCGAAAUUGUACGGCUACAGCAGGGUCGCGUGCGGCAUCUGUACGCAUGUGUUAUGUGCUGGAUUAACUGUCUUAAUAGCAACCCUGGCCAAACCUGGAUCCAGUUUGUUUUCUUGGCAUCCAUUCUGCAUGACUCUUGCUUUCUCCUUCUUCAUGACCCAAGCCAUUCUCCUGUUCAGUCCUCAUUCCUCUCCUGUUAAGAAGUUCAAGCACAAUAAUAAAGUGCUUCUCCACAGGAUCCUGCAGGUUCUGUGUGUGGUUUGUGCGAUUGUGGGUAUUGUCACCAUUUCGAACAACAAGAACCAAAACAACAAGCCACACUUCACGUCAUGGCACGGGUUGAUCGGUCUAAUCACCGUGAUAUCUACUGUAAUGCAGACUAUGGGCUCCAUUGGUCUGUUUUCUCUACUUUCUCCCAAACUGCCCAAAGGUUGGUCGCUGGCGAAGCUGAAGCGCUAUCACGCCACCUCGGGUUUACUGACGUACCUGCUGGGCAGCGUCAGUCUGGUUCUCGGGCUGUCUACUGCAUGGUUUAGCAGUAACGUGAGCGGGUACGUUUGGUACCUGGCAGCACUCUGCCCAAUAGUGUGUGCUUUGGUUAUUAUGAAUCAGGUUACAAAUGCGUACAUGACAAAAAAACGAUCACAGUACUGAGGCAAAAUCUAAAUGCCUUAAUUUUGAUUUGCAAGCAUUUAUUUUUUAGCAUAAAGUUGGCAGUUAUUGACUAAUGUUCAUUGAUAAAUGUCAUUGUUUGUUUGAUUUUGUCUGAGAAUUUUUAUAAUUGAUGUAUAAACUGAUCCAAAAUGUAUUUUUAUAUAACAAUUUUGUAUCCUUGAAAGCAUUACAAUAGUUUUGUUGACCUCUUUAAUUGUUAAAUUAUUUGUUAUUCCUAAUAGGCUUGUGCAAUGUAUUUGCCAAACCAUUUAUUGUGCUAUUAAAAUAAAUACAAGCAUUUGUAACAUC